CAAUAUGCAUAUAAAGCUUAUCAUUAACUCGCAAAAAUAGUAGAGAGGGAGAGAGAAUAAUGCAAGGAGACAAACGAAAUGACAUUUACAGAGAGUGUUUAAGAAACCAUGCAGCCAGCCUUGGAAGUUAUGCCACUGAUGGCUGCGGAGAAUUCACUCUUGAUGACAACAACAAUAAUUCCUCAGGCAGCGUAAGCUUACACUGCGCUGCUUGUGGUUGUCAUCGUAACUUCCACCGUAAAGUCAUUUAUGGUGCUAGUUACAGCAACAAUAGCAGCCGCGACCGAGAAAUCAUGGCAGCAGAUCAGUUGACUGACUACGCCGGAGGGAGGACAGCUGAGGAAUCACCGAGGAGCGGGAAGAAGAGAUUUCGGACAAAGUUUACGACAGAUCAGAAGGAAAAAAUGCUGGCAUUUGCGGAGAAAUUGGGGUGGACGCUGCAAAGGAAAGAUCAAGAAAAUGAAACUGAAAGAUUUUGCAGAGAAGUAGGGAUUCAGGUGUACCCACUGAGGCUGAGUGAG